CAAAAUUGCAGCCGGGAGAGUUCGUUGAGAUGCUUCGUGAAAAAGAAGCCCAGUGGUCAAAUAGGUUGAAGUGACGCUGCAUAGUAUAACCCUGUCCCACCCUUGAAGUGUCCGUGUGCCUUAGGAAAUUAAGCAUCUGAGAAGCCCGUUUCCCUUCAGUAGCCCAAUCAGAUUCAAGGAGGGCUAGAGUGUCCAGAUUUCAGAGUCUGGACUUUCAGGGCCGGGCCAGUCCAGGAACGUGAAAGCUGGUUCUGCGUCUUCCUAGCUGUGCUGCUGUGGACCAAGUAUUUAACCUUCCUACGCUUCCGUUUUCUCCUAUGUAAAAUGUACUAAUGCUAUUCUCUUUCUCUUGCGGGAUCAUUGAGCGCGGCAGUCGGGAAAGAAUUCUUGAGACAUUUUACUGCGCAACUUAGUUUAUUUCAGCACGUAGCACGGGGACAGGAGCCGCGGGCUGAAAGAGCCACGCUUUGGCUGUCUGAAGCUGGUGGUCAUGCGCUCAAGCGGGAGGCGACAGACAUGCGGAAGUAUUGGAUCAUAAACAUUUCUCCGAAUUUCUACUCCUAAAACCACUUUCGCAAGAUGUCUGUGGUGCUUAUCAUUCAGCUCGAGGUUAACUAUCGGUGAGAGGCACGGGCAGUCAUGAGACCCUUGAAGACCAGAACGCAGCACCCGGCACUCACUUGAUCCUUAUUGGGAUGACGCAGGCUGUGGGUCAGUCUUCUGGGCUAAAGUGUCACGGGAAAGGUUGGAGCAGUGUCAUCCGAGAAAGCGAAGAACAAGUAGAAGGGACCGGAAGUAGGCAGUCCCGGAAGGUCAGCCUUCUGCAGUUGCCAGGCAACAAAGGUAAACAGCGAAAAGUGGCAGGAUCAUGGCCACCAACUACAGUGCAAACCAGUAUGAAAAAGCUUUCUCACCCAAGUAUCUGCAGAACUGGUCUCCCGCCAAGCCAACAAAAGAGAGAAUUUCUUCCCACGAAGGCUACACUCAGUUUAUCGCCAAUGAUCGUGGCCAUCUGCUGCCCUCGGUGCCCCGUUCCAAGGCAAGUCCUUGGGGAUCCUUCAUGGGCACCUGGCAAAUGCCUCUGAAGGUGCCCCCCGCCCGGGUGACCCUGACCUCCCGUACAGUGGCUGGUGCUGCCUCCCUCACCAAGUGGAUACAGAAAAAUCCGGAUUUACUCAAGGCCUCCAACGGGCUGCGUCCUGAAAUCUUCGGCAAGCCUCAGGACCCAGACAGUCAGAGGAAACUCGGGAAGUGGAUCACAAAGACCGUACAACAAGCACCAAGUCCCACCAUAAUCCCCAACUCCCCAGCUGUAAACCUCAGUUCCCCAGACCAACCCCAAAGCUCACACCCCUCUGCAGGUCACACUCCAGGCCCCCAAAGCCCAGCCAUCUCUCCCAAGAGCCCACCUGGGAGCCCGCGCGUGCUGGAGCAUUGGGCAGGUCCUAAUUUAGCUGAGGUCCAGACGUACAAACCUGGAACUCCGGAGACACCCAGGGACCCCACUGAGAAAACCUGUCUGGAGACUGAGUGAAGGAAGCAAGACCCCUGGUGAGGGAUAUAGAACGGGGAAAUUUCAGGGUGGGAAUAAAGGUAUGUUUGGAAAAUAAACAUCAUUUGUUGAAUCUUUUA